GAUAACGCCGCUAGUCUGACUCUUACGUGCUUGCCUAGAAGUUUUCAAAUAUUUUCUCUCACUUUAAAAUGCUGUACUAAAUCCGAGAACGGAUCGUCGGUGAAAUUUGAAGUCUUUGGUGUGCUCUACAACCGACUCGAUGACGAUAAGAACAGUGAAAGUGAGCAAUGUUUCAUUAAGUGCAUCUCAGCAAGAUAUAAAGGAGUUUUUUUCCUUUUCUGGGGAAAUUGAACAUAUUGAGUUGCAUAGUAGUAAUGAGCGAUCUCAAAUUGCAUAUGUUGUCUUCAAAGAUCCACAGGGGGCAGAGACAGCAAUUCUUCUUUCGGGGGCAACUAUAGUGGAUCAGUCUGUAACAAUAGAUUUGGAUCCAGAUUUUAAGCCACCUGCUGCUACUUCUGCUCUUUCUCUUGGAGCACAGAACAAAAAUGCUGGUGGUGCUGAAUCCGCUGUCCAGAAGGCAGAGGAUGUUGUAAGCAGCAUGCUGGCCAAGGGCUUUGUUCUCGGAAAAGAUGCAGUCAACAAAGCAAAGGCCUUCGAUGAGAAGCACCGGUUCACAUCAACUGCCACUGCAACAGUUGUUUCUAUUGAUAAAAAAAUUGGCCUCAGUGAGAAAAUAAGUGCUGGAACAUCUCUUGUCAAUGACAAAGUGAGGGAGAUGGAUCAAAAGUUUCAGGUCUCUGGAAAGACCAAGUCUGCCUUGUCAGCUGCUGAGCAGACAGUUAGUAAUGCAGGAUCUGCUAUCAUGAAGAACCGCUAUAUUCUGACUGGGGCUUCAUGGGUUACUGGUGCAUUUAAUCGGGUCUCAAAGGUAGCUGGGGAAGUGAGUCAGAAGACACAAGAGAAGGUGUUGGCCGAAGAGGAAGAGGCUAGAAAAGCAGAAGGCUAUGUUCAGGUUCAUGAGUCUGAAUCUCCAAAGGCUGCAAAAUAGGAUUGUAUGACUCUUUAUGCUGUAAGUCCAUACUUUGAUUUGUCAAAAAAGUGUGUACAUACCUUGUUAAAGAAUUUGAAUCUUGUUGUUCAAUGACUAGUUUGAAAGCUGUUAAUAUAGGGCAAUUUGUCAUUUUUU